AUGGCUGACUUGACAGAACUUGAACGAGACAUCAUGGCGGAAUGGGAUUCACCAGCAACAACAAAUGAAAACAACAAUACAAUGGAACAAUCAUCAUCAGAGGAUAACACAAAUUCCGAAUCCGAUAGCACAAAUCCCGAAAAGAAAAAACGGAAGAUUGAUCAUUUAAAUGUAGAUACAACCAACGAGAAUGGUAAUAAUUUAGAGCCUUCACUAGAUCUCCCAACAACACCAUCAACAACUCCAACUUUACCAUCAGUGGAAGAACACGAACCUAAGGAAGAAUACGUAAAAAAAGAAGAAUAUGACAAGUUGAUAAAAGUACAUACAGAAACAAUAACGAAAUUAACACACGAGUUCAAGUUGGUGACCGAAGAGUUCAAAAAAGAAAUGUAA